AGGGGGCCGGGCGGAUGGUCUCAGGGCCCGGAGAAACUUGGAGCCUCCUCUCCGCUGUCGGUCGGCUUCUGUUCGCCCCAUUAACACCCCCAUCAUCGGCUUCCUUCUCGCGGGGGUGCCCCCCUUCCUCCACCGCCCCCGCUUGUCUGUGGGUAUGUCAGUCGGUCCCUGACCCCCCUCCCCUGCCCCAUGCAGCCUUGGGGUGUGGGGCGGAAUUCUGGGAUUCUUGCUCCUUUCCGCCUCCUGUUCCCCCCGCUUCCAUCUAGUCACCCCCGUUUGUCCGUUGGGCAGUUUGUCUGUCUGCUCUCCCCACCCCCUUUGUGGGUUUUUCCAGCUGGAGUGAUGGAGCCGGUUGCUAUGGCAACUGCAUCUGUUUACAGGACCCACAGAUCGCAGGGCCCAUUAACCCUUUCCCUUCCCACCCCUCCCCCCCACCCCUGACCCAGCAGUAAUUGGCUCUAAGCAGCCCCAGAGACCUAACCCCUACCACCAGCUCUUCUUGGGUUUCCCUACCCGCCCCUGUCUGGCCUCCCCCCCCCCAACUAGGUUUCCUCCCCACUUUCCAGCUCCCCUCCCCUUCCUGCCCCCACUUUCCCCUUUGUCUCCUGUUUGCUUCAGUCUGUCUCUCACUCCCGCCUUGCCUCACACCUGGUUCUUGAAAAUGUCCAUUUCUCAUCCUUUAUCCUGAUUGCCUCCCCUUAGAGAAGGUCCCUCUCUCCCCUACUCCUGGGGUCCUUCUUGUGCCUCCACCCCCCCGCCUGUCUCCCUUCUGUUCCCUACAAAAUAAUCCAUCAGCUUCCAGCUCAUUGUUUGGGGCUCUUGCCCCUACCCCUCCACUGCCCACUCUCCUAUGCGCCCUGAGGUUUGGGCCACCACCCGGAUCCCCUCCACAUGGCCUGUGCAUCUCGGCGCUGACCCGCUCGGUUCAGCGUCCCCUGCUUGUGCAUCCAGCACACACCUCCGGUCUCCGCUGUCUCCCUCUCCAUACCCCAGCCUGCCUUCCUCUUCCUCCCUGUGGCCUCACCCGGUGCUUUCCUGGUCUCCCCACUUCCUCACUUUCUUUUCCUGGGACCUGCUGCCUGCCUGCUCCGUGGUCCCCCUGGCUCUUGACCAGUCUCUCCUUCGUCACUCCCUGCUGUCCCCUUGCGGCCUGUCUCUCACAUCAGGGUUCAGUGGACUCUGACUGCUCCCCUCCUGUGUGAGGAGGGAGCCCCCACAGGCACCUUCAGACACACACACACACAUCCCCCCCCCCCCAGCUACAGCCCUCUCUCUCCCUGGCUUUGCGUCUCUCUUUCUGUGGGCUUUUUCCUCUCUUUCCCUCCCUCCAUCUCCCCUGGGUCCAUGUUGAUCUCGCUCAGCCUCGUAGCUCAUCACGCAUGGGUCUUGAACAGUCCUGUGGGCUGGUGGCAGGAGGCCUGGCGUCUUACAGACUGGAAGGAAUUGAGGGUCGCAGGCUGGGCACCCGGAGCUGGGAGAAAGGCUCCUGGAACUCAAGAAGCCCCAUUUGGGGCCUCUCCCCAUCCAGAGGCCUCCCCCAGCCUUUCUGGGGGUCCCUGUCCUCAGGGAUUCGGGGAUCGUCAGGGCGGUCCUCCAUCCAACACACCUGUAUCCAUGCUCCUGAGAACCAGGCCCUGGGCAGCACUGGGGGAGACCAGGAUGAAUCAGGUUUAGCCCUUAUGGGGCUGCCAGGCUGGGAGAAAGGGCCCAGACUUUUUCCAAAAAAAAACCCUUUUAUUGAGCACCUACUACGCAUCGGGCACUGUAUUCGCUCAGCUGUUGAGCUGGGCAGUCACAGCAGGUCUCCUCCUUGGUGAAGUGGGCUUGUUGCUUAUACAGCAGAGUGCCCAGAGCCAGGCUUGCCAAGGGGUGUGCAGGUGGGGAGAGGAGGUGCGGUCCUCAAUCCAAAUGGAUAAGAACUAGAACCUUCCCGGGCAGGACCCCAGAUCCCACCGCAGACCUGGGCCCAGGCCCCAGUGGUUGCUAGGCAACUGGUGGUGAGUGACGCGUGUCUGCUGUCAUCGUGGGGGAUUGUUUGUUCCAGGGGGCUGAGUCAGCGCCAAGCAGCCUGGGGGGUGGGAGGCGCGACACCCGCCGCCUGCUGGUGGUGCCAGCUCUGGGGCAGACAGACGGCACCCUUCCGCUCCCUGCUGGACCCUGUUGCUGUGCCUGGCAGGCAGGCGGCUGCCCAGAGUCAGUGGGGAGUUGGGAGGGGCUGCUCCAGAUGGCCCCAGCUCCCUCCAGGAAGCCCAUGUUCUCUCCCUUCCAGCCGGAUCUGGUCCAGGGUGCUUGGAGGUGGUGGGCCGGCUCCUCUGCCAGCCCUCCUCCCAUGCCAGCUCCCUCAAGUCCAUCCCACCAGCCCCUCAAACACCCGAAAAGUCCCCAUCUCAGGGACCACACUGCCGUCCACCAGAAGCCUCAACAUCCAAAGUCACCUUGGACCCUUCUGCCCCACUUCACUGCCAUUCAAGCCCUCUGGAGUUUGGCGUCUCAGUAGCUCUGGAAUCCACCCACACCGCACAUUCCCACUGCCACUCUCCACUCAGGUCGUCACGCCUCUUCUCCCCCAGCCCCAACCCCAGCACUUCAACAGUCCCCCCCAACUGGUCUGACCUGAGUAUAGUAAAGUGGCCAAAACAUUAACUCCGGAGUCUCACUGGUCUGGAAUCCUGGCUUGCCACUAACUAGCUAUGUGGCCUUGGACAAGUCAAGUCUAUCUCUGUUUCCUCAUCUGCAAAACUAAAGUGAUAAUCCCAGUAAUUGUUAUCAGGUUGUUGCAAAGCAUUAAUGAACUGAGAAGCCUAAAGCCUGCUGGCCUAGAGGAAGCAUCGUGUAUGUCUUCUUGGCUGGGACUGGGUAGCCAGUAUGUACUUCCUGCUCAGUCUGUCCUGAAACAUCGAUCUGACUGCCCCACUCUGCUGCUUUAUACCCCUCAGUGGCUCCCCUUUGCUUUUGUGCUAAAGUCCAAACAUCUGGUCGGCCUCCCAAGGCACCCACGUCUGGCGCUGUCGACCUCUCCAGCCCAUUUUUCAACAUCCCUGUCUUUCUUCCUACGCGCCUCACACUUUCACUCUAGCCCCAUGGAACCUGCAGCUAGCUUCCUAAAUGUUCCUUGUUCUUUCAACCCUCUGCCUUUGUACUUGCCGUUCCUGCUGCUCAGACUGCCCUUCCCCCAUUUGUUCACCAGAGAAACACCUACUGCGAGUCCAGCCUGAACUCCCCAUCCCAUCCUGUGCUGGGUCAGGCACCCAGCCCAGGUUCUUCCUGUACUCCACAGCCCCAAUCAUCUGGAGUGUAGUUCAUGGUUCUCCUUGUGAGCCUGUGGUUCCUCCCAGGCAGGGGUUGUGUCCCAGGCUUCUGGGGCCCCAGUGUUCAGCGCAGGGCCCAGCAGGGAGGACACCAUCUCUUGGGGGUGUUUUGGAUGGAGAGGUAGUGGCCAUGUCCUGAAUUGGUCAUCGACACACUGGGAUUCCAUUGCAAAGGAUUGUGUGACCUUGGGCCGGGCCCCACCCCUCCCGGGCUUCAGUUCCUGCACCUUUGCAGCAAGCACCAUCUGGUCCCAUCCCCAUGUGUGACUCCCUAUGCAGGGAGAACAGGUGGGGGGCCGUAAGCUGCUGGCCCAACCCUGACGGGCACGCACCCCCUCCCCAGAUCAUAGCCUUUGACGAGCUGCGGACCGACUUCAAGAACCCCAUCGACCAGGGGAACCCAGCGCGGGCACGCGAGCGUUUAAAAAACAUCGAACGCAUCUGCUGCCUCCUGAGGAAGCUGGUGGUCCCAGAAUACUCCAUCCACGGCCUCUUCUGUCUGAUGUUUCUGUGUGCAGCAGAGUGGGUGACCCUGGGCCUCAACAUCCCCCUCCUCUUCUACCACCUCUGGAGGUACUUCCACCGCCCUGCAGAUGGCUCGGAGGUCAUGUAUGAUGCGGUUUCCAUCAUGAAUGCUGACAUCCUCAACUACUGCCAGAAGGAGUCCUGGUGCAAACUCGCCUUCUACCUGCUCUCCUUCUUCUAUUACCUGUACAGUAUGGUUUAUACGUUGGUGAGUUUCUAAGGGGGAAGCCGGCCAGGGAGCGAGCCCAGAACGGACCGGACGCCUGUGCACCCCCAGCCCUGCCCCUGGGCCGCAGAGGCCUCAGCCCUGGGGAGGGAGGGGGCACUGGUGCCCCCAGCCUCCUCUCCACCCCCCAAACUGCUGCUGCGGGGACUUCCCGCCUUCAGAGCCCCCUCCCCUUGGACGAGGGCUGGGCAGAGCUCUAAAUAGGGGCUCCUCUGCCAGCCUGUGGGCAUGGCAGUCAGUCCUGGAAGGGGCGGGACCUCCGGCCUUGUCCGCUUCAAGGGGAACUUAGACCCUGCCAUGGGGCAGGGCUUGACCCUGGAAGUUCUGGGCCGCCCCCUCCACCCCUCACCCUGAGGCUCCCCCUGCAGGUGGGGGGGUACCCACACCGGGAAUGAGCAGGCUCAGCAGGGGGGGCAGCCCCACCCCUAGUCUGCCCUCUCCCCUCCCCCAGGCUCUCUCUCCAGACAACCUCCCAUCCCCAGCUGUCCCAGUCCCGGCCUCCCCUGUCUCUUGGACCUAUUUUCUAUGUUGCCUGGAGGAGUCCGGCACCCCCUUCCCGGCCAUUUGUGACAAAAUAUGAAUAAACUACUGCAAACACAUGGG